AUGGACAAUACUCAGCGGACCCUGUACAGGGAGGUGAUGCUUGAGACCUAUAACAACCUGCUGUCCUUGGAUCCCCAUGGAAAGAAUGAGCUGGUUGGAGCUAAUCAGAAAGGUCAAGAAAUAUGCUCCAGGAAGCCUGAUGAAAUGCCAUUUGAAAAGAAGCAUGCCUCUAAUGUUCUUGAGAAUAACCUCGAGGGUGAGAAAAAUCUCAGUCAUCUUGACAAGAUCCACAUAUGUCAGCAGUCCUUUGAACACAAUGGGAAGGAGAAGGCUUUCAGCGGGGAGAAGAUAGUCCUUCCGUGUGAGCAAGUUUAUACCAAAGACCCAUGUAAUCAGCAGCCUGUUAGUGUGGGAGAAGCAAUUCAUGUUGGCUAUUAUAAACCUUGCCUUACCACCAAGCAGAGAACUGACAAAGGAGAUAAUUUGUAUGUGUCCAGUGAAUGCAAAGAAAACAUGGACCAGAAGUCAGAACUCAUUAGAGAUCAUAUCGUUCAAAGUGCAGAGAAUCUGUAUGAAUGCACAGAGCAUGGAAAAGCCUUUCAGCAGCAAUUAUCUCUCUGCAGUGAGUGUGGAAAAGCUUUUGUUCGUAAGUCAACCAUGAGAGAACAUCAGAGAAUCCACAGUGGGGAAAAACCUUAUGAAUGUAGUGAGUGUGGAAAAACUUAUCUUUAUAAGUCAAGCAUAAUCCUACAUCAGAGACUCCACCGUGGGGAAAAACCUUAUAAAUGUAGUGAGUGUGGAAAAUCUUUUAGCAACAAGUCAGGUUUAAUUUGUCAUCAGAGAAGGCACACAGGUGAAAAACCUUAUGAAUGUAGUGAGUGUGGAAAAACGUUUACCCAACAGUCAGGCUUGGUUUGUCAUCAGAGAAGGCACACAGGUGAAAAACCUUAUGAAUGUAAUGAGUGUGGAAAAACAUUUACCUACCAGUCAGGUUUCAUUCGUCAUCAGAGAAGGCACACAGGAGAAAAACCUUAUGAAUGUAGUGAGUGUGGGAAAGCUUUUAUUCGUAAGUCACACCUCAUUAGGCAUCAGAGAAUCCACACUGGGGAAAAACCUUAUGAAUGCAGUGAGUGUGGGAAAGCUUUUUCUGAUAAGUCAAGCAUUAUAUCACAUCAGAGAAUGCACACUGGAGAAAAUCCUUAUGAAUGUAGUGAAUGUGGAAAAUGCUUUUUUCGUAUGGCACACCUCAUUACACAUCAGAGAAGGCACACAGGUGAAAAACCUUAUGAAUGUAGUGAGUGUGGAAAAGCUUUUAGCGACCAGUCAGGUUUAAUUUCUCAUCAGAGAAGGCACACAGGUGAAAAACCUUAUGAAUGUAGUGAGUGUGGAAAAGCUUUUAUUCGUAGGUCACACCUCGUUAGGCAUCAGAGAAUCCACACUGGGGAAAAACCUUAUGAAUGCAGUGAGUGUGGAAAAGCUUUUAGCAACCAGUCAAACCUCGUUAGGCAUCAGAGAAUCCACACUGGGGAAAAACCUUAUAAAUGUAGUGAGUGUGGAAAAGCUUUUAGCAACCAGUCAG